AUGUCUCGACGGUUGCUGCCAAAACCUUCUACCAACCCGGGCGACGAAAGACGGUCACUACAGCCUCUAGAGAGGCGGGUGAAGAGGAACUGCGUGGCAAACGCUUGUAUGCCGUGUCGGAAGCGGAGGUCCAAGUGCGAUGGAAAGGUACCCUGUGCGUCAUGUGUUUCUAGUAACCGCUCCCAGUGCGUGUAUGAUAAACAAAGUGACGGCCGUCGAGCUGGCACUCUAAAACGACAUAUCAAUGAGCUAUCUGAGGACAACAACACCUUCAACUGCAUCUUGGGAACGAUAAGGAGUGCUCCAGAUGAAUAUGUCCAGCCUAUCAUCACCCGGCUAAGGUCAAACGAGGACUACACCGACAUUGCUAAUUUCAUACGAGAUCACCCCUUCGAGACAUCAGAACCUACAACGCCAACAACCUCAACACAACGGGCAUCCUCCAUAACCCUAUCGGCGGACAUAGAAAUCUCGGAGACUUCGACAGAUUACACGGAGUAUGCUGAAGGGAGCCAGUUUCUUGAAAAUUCCUUCCGCGGGGCGAAGGGAGACAUCGCGGGAGAGUAUUACUUGCUGAACGUGCAAUCAUGGACAAAUGUGACGGGGGACACCGAAUUCAUUGGACACCUCCUUUCUCUCUACUUCACAUGGGAGCAUACUUACUACGCUUUGUUUUCGGAAAAGAUAUUUCUCGAAGACCUUGUUUGUGGUAGGAAAGAGUUUUGCAGCGAGCUUCUGGUGAACGCUGUCCUCUCACUGGCAUGCACGUUUUCUGAAAGGACAGAGGCUCGGGCCAACCCGAGCGACCGGGGGACGCGGGGUGACCACUUUUUCGCUGAAGCACUACGGCUGCUCGAUGGGGAGAACAUGAUAGAAAAUAUCAGCGUUACGGUUAUUCAAGCUCUCGCGGUAAUGGGGAUUCGUGAAGGGGGGUAUUCACGGGAUGUGAAGGGAUUGAUGUACUGUAGCCUGGCAUUCCGUCUGGCUUCAGAAAGGGGAUUUUGCGAAGGGAUGAAUGGGGAUCCCAGCAACCCCAAGGUUGAAGUUCGAAGGAUGACGUAUUGGGGGUCAUAUUGCCUCGACCUGGCGUGGUCGUUCGUUUUAGCACGACUUCCUCAGCUCGAAGGUGAACGGACGCCUCUGCCAAUGCCCCUGGCGGGCGAUCUAAGAGGCGAGGGGGGAGGGGGGAGCUCGAGUAGUGAAAUCCAUGCAUGGUCCCCCGGCUCCACACUGUUUGACCAGAAUUUUAGCCAAUUUAUAAUCUUGUCUGGGAUUGUCAAGGACAUCACCUUCGCGUUUUACGCACCCAGACAGGUUUUCACUGUGAGGAAGCUCCAUGAGCUAUAUGACCGUUUGAAAGCUUGGAAGGUUGAGCAACCCCUUGAGUUGCAGUUCUCCCCCAGGAACCGAGUGCCGCACUCCCUGUGGCUCCACAUGUACCACCGGGCUGCAGUCAUCACUCUCUUUCGACCAUUCCUGGAGGUGAGGAGUGACAAUUUGGUACUCUCUCCCAAGGCAGUCUGCCUUGAGACAGCAAGGGAGCUCCUGGCUAUAUCCGAGCAAUUUCGGAGCUAUCACGGUUGGCAAAGGUUCCCGAAUACCGUUCCCCACUUUGUCUUCACAGCUUGCCAAACCCUCCUGCUCGAUGCACAAAACGAGGCGGACGGCUUAGUUCGAGGCGUCGAAACCUUGCUUGAGAUGAGAAAUUGCUGGCCUAUUGCUGGGCUUAUGCUCCUAAUGAUCUCCAUAUUCGCCGAGAAAUGGGAAGUUGAUCUUCCCGCGGAGGUGCGAGAGCACUUGGACAAACUAUCUAAAGAUCAAUUGAGGGUUGCCAUGGCCUUUAGCGGUUGGCCACCUGUUCGACUGGAGGAAGAAGCAACUUGGGCUUCUUUUCGGCAUUUGUCACUUUCUGAUGGUUAAAGAUAUCAGGAACUUGGAGUUGAGAUUUCUAUUUGGAUUUAUUUUUUUCUCCUAUUUUUUUAUGCUUCUUUCCCUUAUUCUACUAUUUUCCUCUACUAUUUCCCUCUACUAUUUCCCCCUUAUUUCCUUUUUUUUGUUUCCGUUCACUGGGCGGUUGUGAUAGCCCUGGAGUAAUAUUUUUGGACAAUCCAUGUUCCCAGCAAUGGGCUAAGUAUCUGAAAUCGCAAAUCUCCCGGCCCACUGUCUUUGCUUCCCACUUUUUGGCGUUGGAAAUAGGGAAUUACAUGAAAGCAGGAACCGAAUAAGUUAGGGCUUUGUUUGGUGGGGCGAAAAAAAAGAAAAACACUAGGUGUGGUUGCAUAAUGGGUUGGUUACC